AGAUCAUAAAUGGAGGACUUUGAAUCAGUCCAUUUUCACAUGAAUGAACAUUUUCUAAAUUUAUAUCUUGUUACGUCACGAGUGUUUAUUUUCUUUACAUAUUAACGGAUUUCCAUCAUAAAACAGACAACAAUGACUUAUAAGAAGUGAUCAUUAUUUAGCGACCAGUUCCGUUUGGUUUUAGUGAUAAGGGGAAACAGGAUAUACUAUAUAUAUAUAUGUUGCCAUCUAUGGUUAAGAAAGGACAGUUAUCAUCAGUGUUGUGUUGUAUUCGUUGGAUAGAGUUUGGAUUAUAGAAGAGUAGUUGACAGUCUUGAAAAUAGGGAAUUGAUCGUAUCGUCUGCUGUUUCAAAAUCAGGAAAAUCUUUUGCUUCAGCCAGAAUUAAUGAUAAUAUCCGUUUAACGCUUAUUGAAGUCGGUGAAUGAAACAAGAUUGGAAUAUUUAAAUGCAUUGCAUAUAAUGCCAUAGUGAUUAGAGAGUUUCAUAUAGAAAUAUGACGUCCACAAAAGCAUCUGAAGAUUCUUACAUUCUCGGUAGGAGCCAGACCCAGUCGACGUUCUCGGAAACCAGUAGUAUUGGGGAUACAAAGCAACUGGUUACAGAUGAUGGUGAUAAAAAUGGCCAAGAACAAAGUAGUAUGCCGAUGACAAGUAUCAACAUGAUCAAUUCAAUUGUCGGAUCAGGUGUUAUAGGAAUACCAUAUGCACUGAAGCAGUCAGGUUUUUUAUUUGGAACAUUUUUGCUGAUUUUAGUUGCUGUUAUCACAGAUUACUCUAUUCUACUGUUAGUGCAAGGUGGCAGAUUAUCAAACACAGAUACCUACCAAGAUGUUGUUCUGGUGGCUUUUGGGAGACCUGGAUUUUAUUUGUUAACUGUAUUACAAUUCCUUUAUCCAUUUAUAGCUAUGAUAAGUUACCAGGUUAUAAUAGGAGAUACCAUUACAAAAUGUUUUUUACGAGUAGGCGGAGAUUAUCUUGAAGGCACAGUUCUAGUCAACAGGCACUUUUGUAUUUUUCUGACUACUUUAGUUGUUACUUUGCCAUUAUCCCUUUACAGAGAUGUAGCCAAGCUCAGUAAGUGGGCGUUUGUAGCAAUGAUUUUAAUUGUGUUCAUAAUUGUGUGUAUAUGUGUAAGGAUUCCAGACUUUAGUGACGUACGAGCUACAGCAGAUGCUUGGACUCUUUUUGAUUAUAAUUUUGCACAGUCAAUAGGAAUAAUGACAUUUGCAUAUAUGUGUCACCACAAUACAUUUCUGAUACACCAGUCACUAGAGAAUCCAACAGAAAAGAGAUUUCAAAUUGUGACACAUUUUAGUUUUUUAUUUUCUUUGUUAAUUAUGCUACUGAUUGGAGUUCUCGGCUAUGUAACAUUCACGGGAUAUACCCAAGGUGAUCUCUUGGAAAACUACUGUAAGACAGAUGAUUUAAUGAAUGUGGCUCGACUCUGCUUUGCUAUAACUAUUAUGUUGACAUAUCCACUAGAAUGUUUUGUUGUUAGACAUGUAUUUGAGAAUUCCUUCUUUGCAGUAACUGAAAAGGCUCCUAUGUGGCGUCAUCUAUCAGUUACAAUUUCUGUAGCAGCAGCAACAGUUCUUAUUGCAAUGACUACAGAUUGUCUAGGCAUUGUUUUGACUUUUAACGGCGUAGUAGUUGCGUGUCCAUUAGCAUUCAUUAUACCACCAUUAUGUGUUAUGAAAUUAAGACAAGAGCCAGUGCUAUCAAAAGAGAACGUUUUCCCAAUACUAGUGGCUACUUUUGGAAUUUUGGCUUCAGUAAUCGGAGUGAUUGUAGCAGUAUAUAAUUUGACAAAGGGUAUUGAAUGUAGUCAUGGUAAAGAAAUGUUUUAUUGUCUAACGCCUUCUCGUAUAAAUGGAAGCAUGCUAGCAUCAAAUACGACAUUAUAAAAGUAUUAAACUGUGCCAUUUUCCACAAGGCAAGUCCUAAGACAAAGCACCAAAAUAUAAUAUGUAUGUUAAAUAUUUAUUUCAAGAAAAAUUGAAACCAUAUGAAUGAAAACUAUCAUUAAAAUAAGAUAAAAAAAAAAGAAGAGAAGACAUCUGUAUGUGUUAUUGUGAUCUAUUUCAUGUUAUUUUGGCUUUUAUAAUGGUUUUAGAUUUCAUCGGUUAUUAAAUAAUGUUUUAAUGUAAGAAUUGUUCGAUAUUUUCUGUCAUCAUGUUUUUUCUUAUACAUAAUAAGAUGUAACGCACUAUCACAUAUUCUGUAAUAAUAUAAUAAAUAUGGUGUGUGCAAAUAAAUGAUAAUUUGUUUCUCUUUAGUGGUAUUCUGCAAUACAUUUUUAUCACUAGUGAUUAAUAGUAUUUUUAUAGUAUUUAUAUGACAAUAUGUUUAAAUUGUGGGUGAUUAUGAAAGUUAUUGAAUGUAAUGUAGGAUAAUAUUAUUCAAUAAAAUAAAUCAAAGAAACAUUUCAUACCUCUAAACAUCUGUAUUCAACAAUAGAAAGACAUCUGUAAUUCAAAAAUAGAAAGAAAUCUGCGAGUGAAAAAUAGGGAGUCUUACUCAAUUACAAAAUAGAAAGACAUCUGCGAGUGAAAAAUAGGGAGUCUUACUCAAUUACAAAAUAGAAAGACAUCUGCGAGUGAAAAAUAGGGAGUCAUACUCAAUUACAAAAUAGAAAACAUCUGCGAGUGAAAAAUAGGGAGUCAUACUCAAUUACAAAAUAGAAAACAUCUGCGAGUGAAAAAUAGGGAGUCAUACUCAAUUACAAAAUAGAAAACAUCUGCAAUUGAAAAAAUAAGAAGACUUCUGCAAUUGAAAAAUAGGAAUAAAUAUAGAGGCCGAUUAACCAUCAUGAAUAGAAAGAUAUAGACAGAGAUAUUUGCAAAAUCAGGUCAACGGUGAGACAACAAAUAAAUCAACCAAGUAACCCUCCCUCAAAUUGAUCAAAGAUGGUGGCCCAGACAAAAAGUGAAACAUCAUUGUGUGCUACGACAAAAUGUCUUUCCAAACACGUAUUACAACUACAAUUUGAUACAGAUGAUAAAAAGUAACAUAAAUGUAAUGUAUUAUUAUUGGUUAUUUUGUUGUAUAACUGGUGUUCAAAUAUUGUACACUUCUUUCUUGUUAUUAUGCAUAAUGUUGCUAAAACGUUAAUAAAAAUC